AUGCCCAUUUCCGAUCUCGUCUCUCUUUUCUGUCGUAAUUUGAUCCUCUCAGCGACGGCGAUCUUUGAUCUACUCUCCAGACUAGCUUAUGUAUGAUCUUCGAAAUCGAGAUUUUCAAGGCCGUCGUCAUUUCAUCAGACACAAAGCUUAAGUCAAUUUGGUCAACGGAAGUGACACGUGGCUUCUAUUGAUUGGCUCUGUUCGACCACUUUGAAUACUGUGAAUUUAAGUGACUCCUGAGUCGUUCGGAUAUGUGACGACGUUCACGGCGUUCGGAGACUCUGAGGAUCGAACCACGACGGAGUUCCGCCAUCGAAUCCGCCGGUGAGCCACCGGAAAAAGUCUGAAGGUCCAUUUUGGGGUUAAUUCCUUGUGGAAACAAAUCACAAACCGAUACUAUGAAUGCUGAGAAUGAUUCUGAUCAUCCGAAAGUGAUACCACAUGUCAUAUUGACUGGAACUGCAAAGGAAGGCAGUGUUGGACCACCCAUCGGUCUUGUCGAUAUUGGCGUGAGCGAAGCUGCUUACAUUUUCCGGGUCUGUUUGCCCGGAAUCCAGAAAAAUCAAAAUAAGAUAAAAUGCGAGAUUCAGAAGGGAGGGAGGGUAUGCAUCCAAGGAGAGGUACCCGAGCUAGCGAUGGAAAACGACUCAGGAAGCAAAUACAGAAUGCAAGUGCAGCAGUUUUGCCCGGCAGGUCCGUUUUCGGUUUCGUUUAAUCUGCCAGGACAAGUUGAUCCUCGGUUGUUUUCUCCAAGAUUCAGACCAGACGGGAUUCUUGAAGUCGUUGUCGUGAAGCUCGGAGGACAAAUCCCCACUGCUACUACUACUACUACUACCACCACUACUACUUCAUAGAUCCCCUGGUCUGGUUUCUGUCCGAACUUGAUCUGUUCAAUGUAUGCUGUAAAAUCUCUUGGGACAUCAAUCUUCGGCUUCUUAUAGACAAAGGUGGUAGGACAUGAAAAUUUCUUGAGGGUAUUGAAGAAGUGACAAAUUCUAGUAAUGCUUAUCAUGGUCAUGUAAAUGGCAUGAACUUUAUCCUCCAGUCGGCUCUAAAGUGUUCUCUCAGUCUUGUAUA